GUGACGUGUGGAAGGGGAGGGGAUAGUGACGUCACACAGGAGGAAGGGUAUAUAAAGGGGUAUUUGGGCACGGGGAUGUUCAGCGUGGUUGUGGCAUCAGCGCUUCACUUCCUCGUCCGCCACUCACUCCCAGCACCAUGAGGACUCUUGCCAUCCUUCUCCUUGCCGUGUCCACCACUACCGCUGCCCUCAGAGUGGUAGCACCCUUCAAUGCUUUCGGGGCAGGGCACACAGGGGCUGCCGGAGGUGCUGCUGGGGGUGGUGCUGGGGCUGCUGGAGGCGCUGCUGGUGGUGCUGCAGGGGGUGCUGGUGGUGCCCCUGCUGCCCCUACACCAGUGAAUUACGGGCCAAAGGUGUACGGAGCUGGCGCCAACAACCUCUUUGCUAUGCCACCGAACCCCUUCAUCAUACAGAGAGCAGUAACCAUCGCCAAUCAUGUUCCCAACGUGCUGGUGCGUCUGGACAUCGACGGGGAAGUCACGCUCACUAACCAAUUCGGCCAGGAGAUCGACCAAGUGGUAGACCAGUUUGGCAGAGAGCUUGAAUUGGAACUGUAGGCAAGCAGGUCAUGGCACCCGAAACAUGAAGCAGCGUGAUCUAUUGGGACUUGACUUAUCGUGGUGUUAGAUUCCGUGAGGUUAAAACUAGACACGAUUACGAGAUGUCUGUAAAUAGUUAUCAUUUUUCCUGUAUCCCCCCCCUCUCUCUCUCUCUUUCUCUCUCUCUCUCUCUCUCUCUCUCUCUCUCUCUCUCUCUCUCUCUCUCUCUCUCAUUAUUAUUAUUAUUAUUAUUAUCAUUAUUAUUAUUAUUAUCAUCCAACAAGAUUCAUGAUGCCCAACCUGACCUAAUCCAGGGGACACGAGCUGCCCUCCCUUCCCCUUCCCCCUUCCCUUCCCUUCCUUCCCCUUCAUGCUGGUGGGAGGCGGGGCGGGGAGGGGCUGUGGGGGGAUGCUGGCGUGCCUCCCCUGGACCCUGGCUGUUGCUCUCUCCCCCGUGCUGCCCUUGCGACCACAAUCAAUAAACUGUUCCGAAAUGA